AUGUUCUUCCCAAAGGCACUCCAAGCUGUUGUCAACACCGACAGCCACCCGGUUGCUUGUGUCUGUCAUCCGAGCUCUGAUACCAAAGAUGAUGUAGGUAACACCUGCAAGCUUCCCAACCUCCUCCUUCUACCUUCAGCCGUUACUGAGAAAAGGGCUGAAUCGCAGAUUGUCUUGGCCCUUGAAGGAGGUUACAAUCUCAGCUCUCUAACUAAUUCAGUUUUUGCUUGUGCAAAAACUUUACUAGAAGGGAGUCCUAUUGUUAGAAAUUUUGGGGGCAGGCCUUUUGAAUCCAUGUGGCAUGUAAUCAAUGAGGUUCGUAAUGAACUGAAGACUUAUUGGUCAGUAUUCUCUAUUGAUCUGCCUGAAGAGAUUCUAAUUGCCAAUGUCGAACGUUACCCAAUUCAUCUUGUGCAAAACGCAUUUGAUGGUUAUAAGGUUUGCAUUUUUGCUUAUGGACAAACUGGUUCAGGCAAAACUUAUAACAUGAUGGGAAAACCAGAAACUCAUGAGCAGAAAGGAUUGAUACCAAGAUUCUUGGAACAAAUCUUUGAAACCAGUCAAGCUGUGAAAUACUAG